AUGUCCGACGCAGACCUUGAAGAGAUACGCAAGGCCCGUCUGGCCCAACUCCGCCAGCAGGGCGGCCAAGGCAGCGGUGCCGCAUCAGCUGAAUCUGCCGGCCCGGAUGAGUCGCGCUCCCGCGAGGCCGAAGCCCGCCAGGCCAUCCUGUCGCAGAUCCUCCUCCCCGAGGCUGCCGACCGCCUCGGCCGCAUUCGCCUGGUCAAGGAGUCGCGCGCCAUGGACAUUGAGAACCGCCUGAUCAUGCUGGCGCGCACGGGUCAGUUGCGCCAAAAAGUCACCGAGGAGCAGCUCAAGGACCUCCUGGGCGCCGUCAGCGAGCAGGAGGAGAAGACGCAGAAGAAGAUUGUCGUGCAGAGGCGCGGCGGCUGGGACGACGACGAUGACCUGCUCGACCUCUGA